AUGGGAGAAAAUCAAACAUCCAUCGCGGAAUUCAUCCUCCUGGGAUUUGGGGAUCUCCCUCAACUGAAGACCCUUCUCUUCCUGCUGUUUCUAGUGAUCUACAUUGUGACCGUGGCCGGGAACAUUCUCAUUGUGGCCCUAGUUGUGACUGAUCGGCAGCUUCACACCCCUAUGUACUUCUUCCUGGGGAACUUGUCCUGCUUGGAGACCUGCUACACCUCCACCAUACUUCCCAGGGUGCUGGGCAGUCUCCUGACUGGGGACAGAACCAUUUCUGUGAGAGAUUGCAUUAUACAAUUUUAUAUUUUUGGCUCUCUGGCAGCCACAGAAUGUUGUCUCUUAUCUGUGAUGUCCUAUGAUCGGUAUUUAGCAAUAUGCAAACCACUGCAUUAUGCAGCCCUUACAAAUGGCAGGUUCUGCACCAAGCUAGUGGCUGGGUCUUGGAUAGGUGGAUUUAUGUCUGUGGCCAUCAUAAUAUUUAUGAUUUCACAAUUAACAUUCUGUGGCCCCAAUGAAAUUGAUCAUUUCUUUUGUGAUUUAAGCCCAAUAAUAAAGCUAUCCUGCAGUGACAUCUGCGUGUUGGAAGUUACAGCUGUCAUUUUCUCCUCGAUGUUUACUUUGCCACCAUUUGCGUUAACCCUGGCAUCCUAUGUUCACAUCAUCUCCACCAUCCUGAGAAUCCCAUCCACCACGGGGCGGCAAAAGGCCUUUUCCACCUGCUCCUCCCACCUCAUUGUGGUGACAAUUUUCUAUGGAACUCUAGUCAUCGUCUACAUGCUACCAAAAACCGACACACUGAGAAGCCUCAACAAGGUGUUUUCUGUCUUCUACACAGUCCUGACUCCAAUCGUUAAUCCCCUCAUCUACAGCCUGAGGAACAAAGAGGUGAAGGAGGCCCUGAGGAAAGCUCACAGUAAAUUGCUGUCUUCACCACAAAUAUUUACAAAAUCGAAGGUGAUGUUUCUAGGUUAA